AUGGCAGCGCAGAACAAUCAUGCUGUCAUCAGGGCGGCUUUACAGCACAUCGACACGAAUCUCACCCAGCACCUAGACGCUCACAGCCGGCUGAGACUCAUGAGCGCAGCUAUGAACGACAUUGCCGCGCGUGGCCAGUUUCCUUGGAAGGGCAAAGGCUACGGUGAAGGUGCAGUACACGAUGGCAAAUCCAUCCUGCAGUCCCUGAAAGCGGCGGCAGCGAAGAACAAUCGCAGCCAGCUAUAUCAAGACUUGUCUGGUAGCAUUUUGGACACUGUGCUCCUAGUUGGAAGUCGGAUCUUCUCAAAUGCAUACCUUGUCAAGAUAGACUAUACUCCACCUAUUGUCCAUCCGACGGCUGCUGCAAAUCCACCGCCAGUCCCGAAUAACAGUGCCUCGAACUCCAACGCCCAGCAGGCUCCUCCCGCCGCAUCUCAGGACAUUCAAACCGAUGGCACACAUGGCCACAGUCAUGAGGACAAUGAAGGCAUGGAACAACCUGAAGAACAAGGAGAAGAAGGCGGAGAGGACGAAGACCAAGGAGAAGAAGGCGGAGAGGACGAAGACCGAGGAGACGAAGACGGAGAAGGACUGAGAAGAGAUGCUCUAGCAGAUGCUUCUGUGUCAUAUCCGCACGAUGUUGAGUCGCAAGACGGACGCCAAGCAUUGCACGGCAAGCGUGCGAGGGAAGAGAGGGAGGAUGAAGACGAGGGGAUGGCUGGAUAUGACGACGAAGCAGAGCGACCCAAGAAGAAGCCGCGCAAGUUUCUCAAGUCUCUGGCUCAGGACUACAAGAAUCCGACAAGGGCCAAGUAUGGUCGCUCUCCAACCAAGCCAAAGACUGUUGCGAAGACGCAACAGCGCGUGUCUCUACAGACAUCGAGUUCUGACGAACAAUAUCAGACGCGAGCCUCUAGACAGCCUACGCGAUACAAUCAGGAACAGGGGUCUGGAGUCAACACUCACGAUGUCGGGGACGAGAUGCAUGUUGAUAAUGAAAACAUCGGCGCCGGUCUUGCUUCUCGAAAUUUACCUUUCAAGGGCCAGGACCUUCCCAGAAAUCGAAGUCACAUCCGCAAUGGGACUGGCAUUGGCUUGCAUCCACCUCACAACUCAUCUCAGCGAUCCUGGAAUGAUUCUGCUGGGUCUCGCCUCAAGCCUUCUACUAGCCAAAAUGGAAAGGAAAAAGAGAAGCGAAAGCAUAGUGAAGCGUUCGGCGGAAAUCUGUUGGAAAGUGGUGACGGCAGACCCUUGCCAAAGAAACCAAAAAAAUGGCCCGUUAUGCCGACAGCCCUGUCUGAAAGUGAGAGUGAGGGCCAUGAACUCACAAGCGCGAAGCCACAAAGGUCUCAAAAGCUGGAGCGAACCAAAGAUACUGCGUUCGAUCGUGAAAAAGGCUACGUGGACGAUCGAGACGAAGAUGAGGAAGCGGUAGAAGAUGUAAAUCUUGGUCCAGACGAUGAAGAUCCUCUCAAUUGGGAAGAAGACGAAGACGACUCCAGAGUGCCGCGUUCAGGACCCUCUCUCACCCGUGCGCCCUAUGGUGAUGCGAGUCCAGAAGUCAGUGGUCCAUAUGAUACCCGAGUGUCUAAGGUCGACAAUGUCCCAUUCAAGCCGGCAGGAAAGAGUCGCAAAUCUGCAAUGAAAACCAGACCAGGCGCGGUCAACCAGGACCGAGUUAUUGCCGAAGAGGAAACCCGGCAACACUCAGAAUACGAGCAGCAUCAAGACCCUUCUGACGUUCGGCGGCGCACUCGUCCCAAGGCCAACGGCCCUUAUACAUCGAAGACCAAUGUUUCCGCACAAGCUCAAUCGCAUAAGUACAAAAGAAACGCGGGUUCCUAUGAAGACGGUACAGAAAACGUUGAUAGUCUGGCGGCAGCUAAGAACACGAAACCUAGCGCGCCAAAAGCAGGGCGCCAUCUAACUGAGUCCUGGCAGAGAGCGCCUUCUGCACCUGAAGGCCGCAUGGGCGAGAUACCUGGUCAAGGUGAAUUUGAAUCUCGCGGGGAGGCUCUUCGUAAGACAAUGGACGAUUUGCGAAAACGCGAUCGCACAAACAACGAAACCACAGAUGCACUGCAGUCGCUUGCAUCUGCCAAUGAGGAAGGCCUCGCAGGUCCGAUCACCGCUUCGGACGUCACGGUAGAAAACACUUCAUCGAACGUCCCCAUACCCGCAAUAGAAGUUAAUCGGCCGUCUGAAACCCCUAUCAUGGACGCCAAAGACAUCGCUGAUGCAGUACAUAUCCUCGACGAGAAGAUCAGAAAGGCGGUCUCUUCACUCUUCGCAAGCACAGAAGGCACUGCUCCGCCGAUCCUCAACUUUAAACCAUCAGGAAAUCUUGUUGACGUAUACAAAUCAGCUCUUGGAGAGGAUUGGCUUUCAGGCGCUGGGAUGUUUGCGAUGCACUGCAACGACGCGCGAGCUGACGACUUGUUGAGAGCGCUGAUUUGGAACAUGCUUGGGAGCUUAAUCUUCCUAACGGACACUCCCUGGCGAUCGGCUCGGGAUCUCUAUGACGACGACUCGCCUAUUAGGAAGUAUCUGGCUCCAAUUAUCGAUCUCAACAGCAAAGACGGGGCUGCUUCAUUCGAUACCAUGUGCAGGCAAGCGGUUCUCGCCCAAUACAGAGACGAAAACUUCAUCAACGAGACGAUGCUUCCCUCGGCUCAUGUAGCUGCCGACAAGAUGGCACUCGUUCUGAUGGAGCACCUGAAUGCACUUCCGCAGAACUUCCUGCACUCUCAAUGGCGCACGAAGCUGCAACGGUUAUUUGCCGAUAUCGCCAAGGCCGCAUAUGCGCUCAAGGCUAGGAUGGACGGACCACCGAAUCAAGCGAGAUUCAUCUGGUUCAAUCGAAGGUCUCUUCCUGACGAUGCGAGUGAAAUUGCUCUUCGAAAAGGCUCUGGCGACUCCCACAUGGACGUCGUCAUAACCCUUGUCCCUGCUGUUGUUGAGUUCUCUUCUCAGAAGAACAGACGCUGCUACAGACGAGCGGAGGUAGUCUGUGGGAGAGCAAUCAACGAUGACUUGAGUGCAUUGUUCUCUAGUUAG